ACAUCCUAAACACGGAAACGAGGGAAGCAGAUCUAGGUCGAUUAGCACAAAGAUUUCUUCAAAUGUAGGGAACUUCCAUAGUGCUUUAGCUGCAAAUAAGCAACCUGACAACAGAUUGGAAUGUGUCUGAGCGAUAUUUGAUGACAAAAACAAGGUACCUACAUUUGAGUUAGCAACAGGCUACGUUUUGGUGGCGUGGUGGGACAAGACGGGGAAAGAUGGGUUGAAAAUCUUAACUUAUACAGCCUACUAAACUAUGGGUAAUAUUUGCUUUUAAAUUAUAAGCUACUGAGGUUAUUGAGCUUCUGGAGUGAGUUACGUAGAGGAACCGUGAAACGGAACUUGCUGAACUUUUCCUUAAGACUUGAUCAUCAGGUACUAGUCAACUUUAUAUCAUAUUUCCGUCUGCACCAGCCACUUGCUGCUGGAUGUGGCCAGCCUGUCCGUUUAGAGAGGAUUAUCCCCUGUUCAGCCAAUGACAACUGCCUGCUCAGUCAUCUGGUCACCUGGAGAGCUGGAUCAUUUGUAGUGGAUACAGCCACCGGGUUGGACAAGAAUCGAGUAAUGAACUUGCUGCCCGCGGCUAUCUUGUGAGGUGAAGCAAGCCAGAGAUCGAGCGAUGGUAUCAUUGUAGUGAGUUAAAGCAGACAUGAAGGACCUGCCAGUGGAAUCAAAAGAUCACCAACUUACGGUGGCCCUACGGAUCCGUCCGCUAAAUGAAGCUGAGAUCGAGGAGGGGGCUACGGUGGUGGCCCAGCGGGUGGAUGACCAGAUGGUGGUUCUGAUGGACCCGUGUGAGGACACUGAGAAUCACCUGCGGGCCAACCGCUCCAGGGAGAAGACCUACAUGUUUGAUGUGGCCUUUGGCCAGCACGCCCAGCAGGAAGAUGUUUAUCUUGCCACCACUGAGAGCCUGAUUGAGGGGGUGAUCGCAGGGUACAACGCCACUGUCUUUGCCUAUGGACCCACAGGCGCGGGGAAGACGUACACCAUGCUGGGCGUGGACUCGGAGCCGGGCAUCUACGUGCGCACCCUCAACGACCUCUUCAAGGCCAUCGAGGCGGGCAAGGAGGACAUGGACUGCAGCGUCUACAUGUCCUACCUGGAGAUUUACAACGAGAUGAUCCGAGACCUGCUGAAUCCGUCGUCGGGUUAUCUUGACCUGCGGGAGGACGCCAAGGGCGAGAUCCGCAUCGCCGGGAUCACCGAGUUCUCCACCAGCAACGCCAAAGAGAUUAUGGCCCUGCUGACCAAAGGCAACAAGCAACGCACACAAGAGCCCACUGCAGCUAACAAGACCUCAUCCAGAUCGCAUGCCAUACUGCAGGUGACAGUCAAGCAGAAGAGCAGACUGAAGAACAUCAAUGAGGAGGUCAGGGUGGGCAAACUCUUCAUGGUGGACCUGGCCGGGACGGAGAGGGCCUCACAGACCCAGAACAGGGGGAAGCGUAUGAAGGAGGGGGCCCACAUUAACCGCUCCCUGCUGGCGCUGGCCAACUGCAUCAACGCGCUGAGCGAGAGGGCCGGCCGCGGCGCCCAGUUCGUCAACUACCGCGACAGCAAGCUCACCCGCCUGCUCAAGGAUGCUCUGGGUGGGAACAGCCGCACGGUGAUGAUCGCACACAUCAGUCCAGCCAGCACCAACUUCGAGGAGUCCAGAAACACACUCAUGUACGCAGACAAGGCCAAGAACAUCAAAACCAAGGUGAAGCGGAACCUGUUCAACGUGUCGUAUCACCUGGCGCAGUACACCAACAUCAUCGCCGAGCUGCGCAAAGAGAUCGAGCGGCUCCGCGCCAAGAUCGACGAGCAGGGCCACGAGCACAAGAAGGGCGACAAGGCCGACAUCCGCGACGUGCAGGCCGAGGUGCAGGAGUACAGCCGUAGGGAGAUGGGUCACCUGCGGGAGCAGCUGCUGUCGGCGUUCCGCGAGCAGAUGGAGAUCCGGCGCAGCCUGAUGGAGCUGGAGAACUGCAGCAUGGAGCUGCACAUAGACACCAGCAGACACCUGGCCACCAUCUCAGACUGGGAGCGUGAGCGGGCGCGGCACAUGAGGCAUCACCGUGGCAACCACAGGCACGGGGAGAAACGCGACCGAGGGAAGGACGAGGAAGACGACGAGGAAGAGGACGAGGGCGGAGAGGGGGAAGAGGAGGAGAGCGGAGGAGAGGAGCUGGUCGAGCCCCAGGACGUCACCGCCGCCCGCGAAGAGCUCGGGCCACUGCUGGCCGAGCAGAGGAAGACCAUGUCCCUGAAGCUGGAGCUGGAGGAGAAGCUGUCCUCCAUGAAGCAGAAGGCGGGUCGCCUGGAGGAGCAGCUCCCGCGGCGGGUGGCCAACACUGAGCAGCGCGAGCUGCUGUCGCUGCUGUGCCAGACGCACGAGCUGGAGCUGGACAACACCGAGCUGCAGGCGGCCGCCCUGCGGAGACAGCACGCGCUGCGCCACCGCGACUUCCUGCUACAGCGCCACGAGCAGAGGAGGCACCUGGCCGACGAUAUCAUACACCAGCAGCGCACCGUCAUCCAGGAUCACGGGCUGGCCAUGCCUGCAGAGCUGCAGCAGCUGUACUCCCUGUACCUGAGUGAGCUCAACGAGGGGGGCAUGGACCAGCUCCUCAACCUGCUCACCAUCACCUCCACCAGCGUCACGAGCGACUCGGUCCUGGCCGUUGCUAAGCAGCUGAAGCUGAACGAGCUGGUCUCGGAGCUCCUCCACGUCCACCACACCAGCGUUGACCUUUCACCCCGCGUCGACAACAGGAAGGGAAACAUGGCCGCCGCCAGCCACCAUCCCGCCGCUGCCGCCACCGCCACCACAGCCUCCUCCUCAUCAGGCCCUGACAACGACAGCAGCGACAGUAACCGAGUGUUCAGAUCCACCUCUAAACCACGUGGCCCUCGUCGCAGGCCUGUCUCCUCCAGCCCCCCGCCCGUGACACAGUUCACAGGAGGUAAGGUGGUGAGUGCGGUGAGUGCUGAUACUCUGCGGGAGAUGGCCAGUGACACCAAGAGCAUCUCAGUCAUCGCUGCCAGGAGGAGGUCACGCAUUAAGGCCAGCAGCAAUAGAGAGAGGAGUCGGUCCCUGGAGCGCGGCCUGGGCACCGUCACUGGUGCCACGCUCGUGCCCGACGGCCAGCCCCCUACAGCUGAGCCGCACUGCGCCACCGCCGCCACCGCCGCCACCAACACCACCACAACAACAAUAACCGCAACAGCAACAACAACGACAACAACAACAACAACAACAACAAACGUCCCCAAGACGCCCUCCUUCUCCACGGCCACCGUCACCAAGGCGACGGGCUCGGCGCUGGCGGCGGUGGCCAGGCGAGGCCUGCGUGCGGCGGGGAGCGCGGAGAGCCUGUCGGUCAGCACGCCCGAGGACGACCCCGGCGCGGCGGAGGGCGGGCGGAAGAGGACGAGCGGCGCCGGACACCCCGGCCCCCGGAGGGAGCGCCGGAACGAGUCUCCGGAGAGGCAGCAGACCCGCCGCCGCCGCUCCAAGUCCUUCGACGUGAACGGCAAACGGAGAGUCAAGGUGGCCCCGUCCAAGACCCCCGUGCUGGAGAGCGUCUCUGACAACCGCCUAGCGCGUCCCUUGCAGGCCACCGUCCAGCCCGUGCUCAGCAGCACGGGAAACCCCGCCUCUCCCCCUGCUGCCAAGGGCAAACACCCCGUCUCCAAUCACACAGUCUCAAGAGAGAGUCCACUUCAGAAGCUGGAGAUCAGAGGCACUCCGCCCAGCACUAUCAACCAGAGGAACCGAGAGGGAAGGGUCGGACCGACACUGCACAGACGAAUAAGAGCGGGCCCCCCUGAGACGCCCGGCUCCAACCACCACCUCCUGCAGCCUGGCAACCACAAGAAGAGCGGCAACGGCACCGGCAACAGCACCGGCAACGGCACCGGCAACGCCAACGCCCGGCACAAAGGCAGCCACGACGUCACCGGCAAACGUUCAGACAACCGCCUAAAAAAGAUGGCUCCAUGACAACCAUAGAAAAUCUUAAACCCUGUUAAAAGCCAGCUGUGGUCCUGUGAUUUUUGAACGAGCCAGUUAGAGAGGUGAAGCACACAAAGACAAUGUUACUGUUGAUUGUAGAGGAAGCUGUGUGACUUUGUAUUUGAUUUCACUUUAUUUAAUGUUGUAUGAAAAGUAUGCCUUUCCUUUUCCUUCGUUUAACUAAUUAAGCAUGUCAAUGCCUGGGGUUGGCUCAUCAAAGUGUGUUCAUGAGUCUGUAUUAGCUUUCUUAUGACCCUCAAAUCCUAAUCCUGUAUUAGAUAGGCACACUGUACUGUCGGUUAUGUAAAUAGCCUCACUGUGUGAAUUACCAUUAGUGAUAUAGACAGUGAAUAUUUAGGUUUAUUGUUACUGUUAGGCUUACCCAGUGACUGAACAAACAAACAAACAAACAAACAAACAAACUACAUUCUCUUCAUCUCUG